AUGGACAACAUCGGGGUUUUGUUUGAAUUAAUGGCUGGCAGGACGGCCGUUGUCUUUGCCUUCGGCAUCCUAGCCCUGUUCUUUUUCUACCAAGCGUUGCUGCCACGACCUCUGUCCGGCAUACCCUAUAAUGAGGCAGCUGCAAAAUCACUCCUAGGCGACAUGCCCGAAAUGGUGGGCCAUGCAGAGAAAACGGGAGAAAUGUAUGACUGGCUCGGGGCACAGAACAUCAAACACCGUUCGCCUAUUAUUCAAGUCUUCGGCAGGCCUUUCAGCAAGCCUUGGGUCAUUAUCUCGGAUUUCUACGAGACACAGGACAUAUUGAUGCGCCGGGGCAAAGAGUUCGAUAGGUCCGCCUUCACUGCCGACCUUCUGCGUGGCGUUAUUCCGGAACACCACAGCAGGUGGCAGACAAACGAUGAAUACAAGAGUCGCCGGCGGCUAAUCGGGGAUAUUCUGACCCCCAGCUUUCUGAGACAGGUCGCCGCCCCACUUCUGCACGAGAGCACUAUGCGCAUGACGGCUUUAUGGCGUGAGAAGGCAAGGCUGGCAAAGGGUCACCCAUUCUGGGCCAUGAAAGAUAUCAGCCAUUUUGCGCUGGAUGCCGUCCUUGGUUUCACUUUUGGUCCCGGUCUUGAGGGUCUCAGCGCAACCCAACCAAAUGUUGAUGUCUUGUCUUCGAUGCCCUCAUUGCCAUCCGGUGACAACUCCGAAGACACAACCGACCUAGAGCCGGUUGAACUACCACAUGCACCACCUAGUCCCGUCAUCGAAGGUCUUCUUAAGCUUUCUGACAGUCUCGAGACGGCGAUGAAAUCCCUCUUCCCGGUGCUUGCGCACUGGUUUCUGCGCCAACGGCCAGCCAUGAAGACCGCGAUCCGGGUGAAAGAGGACUUUAUCAGGCGCCAGAUUGACCUGUCCACCGCCAGAGUUCAAAUUGGAUCCGAAAAGCAUGCAGUUCGCUGUGCCGUAGACGAAAUGGUGCGCAGGGAAAGCAGUCAAGCUGCCAAGGAGCAGCGCCCCCCCGCUUUCCACACCCGCUUGUUCUAUGAUGAGUUAUACGGCUUCACUCUCGGUGGGCAUGAGUCGACAUCCAACUCCAAUCAGUGGGCUGUGAAGACGCUGGCACGCCACCAGCGCCAGCAGGCCAAGCUACGCUCGAUUCUACGAGAGGCACUUUCAGCAGCAGUAGCGGAAAAGCGAGUCCCAACAGCACAAGAGGUUAUGCAGGUGCGAUGCCCUUACUUGGAGGCUAGCAUCGAGGAGCUAUUCCGCGUGUCCCUGACGGCGCCAAUGUGCGUCCGAAGCGCCACGCAGGACACGGAGAUUCUAGGCUGUCGUAUCCCCAAAGGCACCAUCGUCUUUCAAGUCUGGAACCAGGCUGGAUACACGCAGCCUGGAUUUUCCGUUGACGAGGCUCUGCGCACCCCUGGUGUCAGGGCGGCAAUGUCGAACAAAGGACCAGUCGGCACCAGUGCCACUGGUGACGACUCAGGAUUCGAUCCGGCGGCUUACGUGCCCGAGCGGUGGCUUCUAGAGACCAAGGACGGCAAGGAGGUAUUUGACGCGACGCGAGGCCGAAACAUGAUAUUCAGCAUGGGUCCCAGGAGCUGUUAUGGGCGGAAGCUGGCAUAUGUGCAGAUGCGUAUGUUUGUUGUGCUGGUAUUAUGGAACUUCCAGCUUGAGGUGCUUCCCCAUGAACUCAACACAACCGGGGCUUAUGACAAGUUGACCAGAGAGCCGCACGACUGCUAUGUCAAGUUAACAACUCUGAAGCAAUAG